CAGCCACCAGGAACUGUGAAUGAAUUGUAAAGUUAUGAAGUAUAAUAUUAGCCCACGCAUGGAGCAUUUGCGAAGGAAGAAUCGGUACUUACUGCAGCAAUUAGAAACUAAUUCGGAAUUGCUAGAAAAACGAUUAAAAGCUCUUCGCCAGGAAGCAAGAACACCUAGACCAUUGGAGAGGGUAAAACAUUUAUCAAGUGCCUCUCCCAAUAGGCGGAAAUAUGAUGCAUGGAAAACUAGAAAUAACUCAAAAAAUAUUGCUUGUGUCCUUGGUAUGUCCAGAGAGCAACACACUGAAGGAAGUUCAGAUGAAGAUUUUACUCAUGUAAGAAAGCAGGGAGCAAACAAGUCACAUGUUGCCAAAUAUGCAACACCACCAUCAGCUAAGAAAAUUAGGCGACCUGUGCUUAUUGUCUCAUCAUAUAAGAAAAAGAAAUUAUGUCAGUCACAUGGGCGAAGCCCCAAAAAACACAAGAAACAGUCAGGCAGUGCCAAGAAAAGAGUGUUUAAACCUUGUCCUGAGUGUUACUGUCCAGGAAUAGUUCUGUCAGAUGAGAGUGAUUCUGAAAACCAUAACUGUUACAUCAGAAACAUUUUUACUCAUAAAUGUUCUAAAAGCUGUCGAUGUAAAAUACCACAUUCCAGUAGAUUAGAGGCAACGAAUGUUGGAAUGAACCACCCCAAGAAAUCCUAUGGGAGAAGAGUCCAAAAAGGCAAAUCAGUUACAGAUAAAGAUCUUCAGUCAUUGUUAAGUGCUAGAGAUAUGAUAAAUUAUUCUCCUCAAUCAAUUUUCCUACGUAGGCUGCGGCGUCAAUCACAGUCUAUUAGAAAUGUGCUGUUUAAAGACACUGCAACCCAAACAAAGAAAGGUGGCAUUGUACACAGUGCAGAAACUUCAGAUGAGGAUGGAAGUAGUUCUCAAGAGAAUAUAAUUAAACACGAUGUUAAAUUAAAGAAAUGCAAGUGCAGGAAUAAAUCUGAACAGUUGAGUGCUGGUUGUGGAUUAGAAACACCCUUAAGAAAGGAGCAUCCAGAUACUGUUAGUAAAAGGGUAAAAGUUCAUAAUUAUGGGGACCAGCUACGCAUUAAAGAUCUUGGCAAGUAUCGCCGGAUGCAUUGGUUUGACUGCCAUGCAGAAACCCCUGAUUUUUAUGCACGAAAUCCACGAUUGGCCUUCAAUCAUAAUUGUGUUCAUCGCUUUGUUGUGAACAGCCGCUACAGGGCAAAGCCAGUCCUAGAAGAUCAUGAAGGUCACAGUAGAUGUGAAAUAUGCUUGCUAUCAGAGCCACCCCAACCACCAGCUGCAGAGGACUUUUUCAGUUAUAAAAAACCAAUUAUUACAUCACCUGUCCUAUUUACAGAAAGUAAUAGCUGUGGUUUUACAUCACGCCAAAAUAAUGACAAGGAAGGUGAGAAAGACUAUGGGGAAGUGGAUUACAUCACGCCAAGCAACUUGUAUAGUGAAGCAUAUGGGGGAGAAAAUAAAAUAAAUAGUGCUAAGGAAGAGACAGAACAGACAAAAAACGCAGGCCAGGGGAAUGAGUCUCGACUUCGUGGUGGAAUGGACAUGGAUAUUGCUAGUGGACAAGUGGAUGUAAAUUUUGCAAGGAGGAAAAAGAUGCCCAGCCAUUCUAAAUCUGCAAAAGGUGUUGGAGACUGUGACAAAUCUCUUAAAACUCUGUUGGGGAGUGUCAGUGCUGGUAAAACUAGUUCUAAAUGUGCAUCAUUUUUUAACAGGCCAGUUGAAAAAAAUUGUAUGCAUGCUUCUCACAAAGAGCAGAAGUGUCCUAUGGUUAGGUUGGACAAAGUGCAAUCACAAGAACCAAAAUUAAAUAAGUCCAUAGUUUCUGUGACUGUACCACUUACCAAUGCUGGGAGUAAACGUUUAGGUCCAUUUCCUCCAAAAUCAAGGGUUUUUGCAGAUCCAGUAACAAUUGGUUCAGGACCACCAGUACAUGUUGUGAGGCCACCUGCACCAGUUAACUCAUUGGCACUUAGAUAUCAGAAAGGAGUGUGCUGAGAUAUGUGCUGCUGCUGUGUAUAAUAGUAUUUGAUAUAGUAUAACAGACAUUAUAAAUCUUUCUUAUUAAGUGUAUUGGCACUAACUAAAUAGGCCAUUUUUAUUAUACAAAUCAAAUUUUUGUGCAAACAUUUUACAUCGUCAAGAAAUUAUGAUAAGUCAGGAAAGUGUAUUUUGUCUGUAAAAUUUUUUAAAGAAAUUGUACUCUUCAUUUGUAUUAUAUUUCAGCCAUUAGUG